UCGCGGCGAGGGUCACUCCGGCAGGCGGGGACGUGUGUUUGGGGGCGCCCUGCGGGUACAAUAGGAAAAAUAAGGCAUAAAUAACCCUCCUCGUGUCACUGAUAUAAGGGUGUACCAACCCCCGCCUCGGUACAGCUGCCUGAGUAUGGCGCCGCGCCGCGGGGCACACGGCACUCGGCACAUCUUUGGUGUUUGUUUGCCGCUGUAGUGGUCAUGAAUAGGAUUUGUCAGCAUAUUGUUGGAAUUUUUUUUCAUCAAUAUUUUAAUUUUCAUUCAACCAGCUGUGCUAAUCUGAUAUCAUUGUUUACCACAUCCAAUGUGGUGAACUCAGUGCUCCUUGAGGGAAAGGGUUAGAAGUGCAACAGGCAAAUUUUCUUCUUAGUGGCCCACCACCUAAGUUUGCAUAGGAUGUCAAGACUCAGGUCUGCAAGAUUUUCCUGGGAAAAUCAAUAAUGCAUAUGGUUUUGGUACAUGUUCCAUCAUAUGCUCUGAAUAAGCCUCAUCAUGGGUGACAACAGCCAGUCAUGCCGGGGCUUUGAGACGCCCACCCUGGGGAAUGACCUGUGGCCCAUGGGGUUUGAUGUCGACCUUGCCCUGGAUGCUCCAGGCGGCCGCAAGGGUCCCGGGGGUGGCCUGGGGGCAGGGGCCCUUGGCAAUGGCGGGCUGAACACCCUGCAAUCGGGCGGGGGUGGGGCAGUGGGGGGCGGGUAUGGGGACAUGCACCACCUCUCUGGCCUGUCCUCCAUCCUGCCCCGCUUCGAUGACCUGCACGCCGGGGACAUCUGCCAGAUGACCGAUCUCACCAACUCCUUGCCCAAGGGGGACAGCGAGACGGCCCAGAGCCUUUUGGCCAAGCUGGCCUGCCAAGACCUUGGCCCAGAUUUAUCCUCUGGGCCAGACACUGGCCACAAGGAGCUGGAGUCAUCCCUGUUUGAGCAGACGCCUUCAAGCAUGUCAUCAGGGCACCCCAGCAGUGGCCAGGGCAUCACUGUGCCUCACAAGGCCCCGCUAGAGUCUGCAGACGUGUACGGGAGGAUCACCUGCUUUGGGGGCAAGCUGGUGCUGCAGCUGCGGCACAUCAACGUCAACACCAACUACACACUGAAUGUGAGUGUGUGCUGGCUGUGUGGGGAGAAGGUCAGCGCCGGGUCACAGCUGUGCACACACAAACACUCGCUGCAUGGGAUGUUCCAGGCCAACGAUGAAUAUGUGCAGCUGGACAUCGAGCACUACAUCAUCCCUGACCAGGCCCUGGAUCCCCCGGCAUCACAGGAUAUGGGAUCAGGGGUCCUGCCUCCACCUGACCCCUCCACCAGCCUCCACCAUGACCUCUCCACCUCCCGUGACCUUGAGCUGUCUAGCAACCUUGCGGGCGGCAGUGAUCAGCUAACCAUCGGCAGUGGCAGCACGGCCAUACACUACACCACUGGCCCAGAGACAACACUCGGGCAGCCGCUGACCUCAGCACAGAACCUUAUGAGCCCAGCACCGAAUCUCAUGACCCCAGUGGUGCAGGGGAACCACUCAUGCAUGAAUCCCUCCUUUGGACAGCUGUCCCUCCCAGGCAUGCCCAUCACCAGCAAUCAAACCAGCCUCAGCCAGGACCUGACGGGCUUGGGAGGCCCUGCUAACCUGCCUCAGCCCAACCAGCCACUGUGUUCGGUUAACACCCCAAUGUUUGACCUGGCCCAGUCUGACCCAGCACCUGUCAUGGCCGUUGCCUCCCUCAGUGACACCAAGGCACCCAUUCAGGCCAAUCAGCACAUGGCAGUGGCCACCAGCAGCUACUCACUAGGGAACAACUUAAGUAACUUCACAGUAAACAACCACAUGGACGCUGGAUCGCUGCAGCAUGGCCAGCCGCCCCCGCCCCCCCACCGUGAUGCUGUGCCCAGGAACAAGCACCUCCUUCAGUACCACAAUACGCAGUUCACGGCCACCACCGGGGACUACAUGUGCCACACCCCAGACAUGGCAACGCCAGACAAGCACACGGAGCUGCCCUGCCUGACGCCACACCACACCACCAACGCCACCUUUGACAUGCGACUGCAUAGGCCGGAGUUUGCAGUGAGGAAGCCUGAGACGGGUGCCAAGAAGAGAAAGAGCCGGGCCCAGCGGAAGCCCAGCGUCAUACAGAUGAAAGACUACACCAGGACAGACACAAAUGAAACCAUGCAUAUAAAAACCUUCACUGCUGAGAGUGUGGAGCCUCUGCCACUGAAACCCUAUACCUCAGAGCCCAUGUCAAGCCUGCAGUCAAAGAAUGAACACGCGACAAACAACAGACAACUGGCCAGGAGUGACCUCAGCAUAGACGACUGGAUAAAACACAAUCUCCAAGGGGGAGGAGACUUGAUUGUGUCGGACAACAGCAUGAAACCUCCUGUCACCGAACAGAAGUGUAACCCACAGGAGGUGAAAAUAGAGUGGGAGAAUACGGAGCAAGUCAUCGAGGCGACAGACACAAACACUCAGCUGCCACCCAAUGAUAAGCCCCGGGAGCCAGACCAGACCUCCAGACUGGCGGCCCACAUGUUGAGCAAAGGCAUAGACCUGCUGUGUCGCCUCUGCUCGCAGGACUUUGGGAAGGACAUUCGCAAGUACAAGAUACACAUGAAGGAGCACGGGGUGGAGGAAAUGUCCUUCUUUGCCUGUUACUUCUGCCCCAAGAUGUUUGGGAAGGGGAAGCACUACAGGCAGCACCUCAAGACACACAUCAGAACGAGGCGCUUUACCUGUCGCCUCUGCAGUGCAAGUUACAGCCGCGAGGCCAAGCUGCGGCGCCACGUCCUGAGCCACAGCCAGGACUACCAGACCAAGGAGUACAAGUGUUCCAAGUGCCCCAAGUCCUUCGUCACCAAAGAGUACCUCAACUCGCACAUGAAGAUCCAUGCCGGAAAAAAGUUCAAGUGUGAGACGUGCGGCUACCUGUGCUCCUCGCCCUUCAACCUGGAGACGCACCGCAUGAAGCACACUGCCGACAAGCCCUUCAAGUGUGAGCAGUGCGAAAAGACCUUUGUGCGGCGGGACUUCCUGGACAAGCACAUGGAGCAGGUGCACAAAAACAAGAAGAGUAAGUGUGAGGUGUGCGGCAAGCUGUUCUCCAGGAAGGACGUCCUCAAGAGGCAUCUGGCAGUACACAACAACAAGACGUAUGACUGCGAGAUUUGCGGCAAGAAAUUCUCCCGCAAGGACCGCCUCUCCACGCACAGUAAAGUACACAAGCUGCGGAACGACUACAAGUGCUCGCUGUGUCCCGCCUCAUUCACCAGGAAAAACGUCCUUGACAAACAUGAGAAGAUCCACAAGACCAAGGAGCAGUGCAAGGUGUGCCACAAGUUCCUGGCAUCCAAGAGCAGACUGGAGAGCCACAUGAAGCUGCACGAGAAGGACAGCUCUGGCAGCGGCUCACAGGAGGGUGGCGAAGGCUUGGUGAAGUGUGAGAUAUGUGAGAAAUCCCUCACCAGCAAGCACAUCCUCAGGAAACACAUGAAGGUGAUACACGGCAAGUUCCCUGAGCGGAAGAAAAAGAAGAAGGUGGAGACGGUGGAGAGGGAGAAGAAGUUUGUGUGCCACUGGUGCUCCAAAGGGUUCACGCGAAGCUGUAACUUGAACACCCACCUCCUCAAGGCUCACAGCAAAGACUUGGAGGAAGACGAAUUUGAGGAUGAACUCCCCUCUGACCUGCAGCUUCCCAAGGAACCCACAGAGGACAAAAAGUCAAGGGUUCCUGCAAGUCCCUCCCCCUCCCCCAGUCUCACCCCUGCUGUCUCCUACCACAGCUUCUCUGCCCCGGCCUCCCUCCACAGCGCCAUCACCACCGUGGGAAGCAGUCUGAUAGCGGGCAACACCUCCACCACCUUCCCCUUCCCUACAAUGAGUCUUCCCACCUCCACUCCCUCCCCCACACCAACCUCAGCUCCCACAGCCCCCAUGCAGCUGUCGUCCCCACACUUCCCAGCAUCAACAUCCUCAGACUCUCCUAUCAACCUGUCCACAGAUGCCAUCACUGCUGCAGCCUAUCUCCUGGCCUACCCAUCCUACCCCUACUAGCCUCUGCCCCACAGCCUCCUGCAAAAGGGACAGACCUCUGUGUAACAAGCAAGUUUUGGGGUCACCUGAUCAACACAAAGAUUACUUGUGAUGGGGAUACCAAAGAUACUAAGCUUAUAUAGUGAAGCUCCAUGACAGUAUUUUAUUGCAUUUGUAAAGCUGGCAUUGCAGUAUAGUUUUAUGAAUGAAAGUUAUUGGUUUGCAUUGUGUCAUCAGUGUUCAUGUAAUUUUCUGCUACAUGAUGGCCAUAGCAAACUGCACAAGCAAGGAGUGUAUCCCCAGUUCUGGGUGCAGAGUCGAGGCAGGACAAAGGAAGUGGAGUGAUCAGUGUUAAUCAUGUUUCUGGGAAAGGUGGUGACUGGGAGUGUUGAAGGAGUCUGAAAUUUUCAUGCCUUGCAUGAUUGAAAAUGAGCAGCUUAAUGUCAUGACUGAGCACAAGGGUCUACAGCUGACAGAGAUCAAUAAAUGGUCAUUGCCUGUACAAAAGAGAAGAAAUGGUCAAAUUUUUGCCUACCAUGACCACCCACACAAAUGAUUGGUUGUUGUUUAUAGAAAAUUAGGAACAUAGAAAUGAUAUAGUUUUCAGAAAUGAGGUCAUGACAUGAGCAGUUAAUAAUCAAAUGUGAACCUAUGACUUCCUGCGUUUCCUGUUGUCUUUGCAGUUUGAAAACAAAGCCUCAUAACUGCUGGACACACCCAGAGUGAGUUGAGGACGCUGAACCAAUCUCUCUUGACAAAUCUUUUUUGUGGUGCAAAGCAGAGUGGAGCUGAAGGGAUGCCCAAUCUCACUAGGAUUAAGCCUUAUCAUUAUUGUUACUUUUAUUCUUCCAAAGGUGAAUAUCUCCAGGCUAAGUUAUGAUUAUUGUGCCCCACACCUGCCUGGCUGGAAUGUACCUGCGGGAAUCUCAGUACACUAACGAAUUGGGCUUGAGAGGGUGGUUUGUACAGCUCCCUGUUGCCCUUUGUGUGUGUGUGUAUGCAUGUGUGUGUGUGUGUGUGCGUGUGUGUGUGUUGUUCCUGACUGUAUGGAAUUAUGAAUCUCUUUAGCGGUAGCAGACCUCUGAGGGGUGAAGGUGAUGGGACGCCCCCAGCAUGCUUUGUACCUAGGAAAUCACACUGCUACACUGUGACCUGCCUCUCACCACAGGAGCCAAGUAAUAGUGAUGAUCUAUCCAAGGAUAGUAACCUAAUUCCCCUCUCCCCCUUCAGAGGCCUGCCACGAAGUUUUGUGUACAUACUUCGUAGAUACACCUAGUCAACAAAAGAUCUUUGGUCUCCGGGCCCCCUGAGUCUGUAAGUCCUUCCUCAGUAUCCUUUUGAUGCCCGACCUGACUCCUUGUUCUCCCAGACUUAGCUAACACUUCAAUCUGUUUUGUUCCCUCCAGGUCUUUUAUAAAUAUAUUUAAAACCGUAAAGAAUUUUAUUUUACUAGUUACAUGUUUUUAUUUUGCAAAAUUUUAUUCAAGAGAUGUAUGAAUGUAUAUAAGUUAGAGGUUUGUGGUUUUUCAGUGAGGAUAUGAAAAAUAUACUGCUGUUAUCACAUAAGAGAAAAGAAAGAAAAAAAUGCCUCUUACACAUCUAAAGUGCAAACUCUCGCUCUUAUAAAUGAUAGUAAACCCAAUGUAUGUACCGUUUUCCAACACUAUGGCCAUGCAAAAAAAUGAAGGUAGUCUACUUUAUUUUUGGAGUAAUUUAAGAUAUGUGUAAGGCAAGAAAGUGAACGUUUCUGUGUGUGUAGACUGAGCUGAGGUGUUAGCGAGCCAAGUGUUCUGUGCAGCAACGCCACACAACCAACAACGCCUAAUGUGUGUCCCCCAUUUAAUACCCAAACCAGGAAUAACACCACCCUGAAUCAUUAAACUGAGGUAUAAAAAUUAACUACUUGUCAAAAUAUUAGUAAACACUAUUUUGACUACUUCAUUUCCAUACUCCAAAUAAGUUUUCCCAUUUCUUUUCCUGCUAAGUGCUAAUUAGAGUGGUGAAUACAGAUUGGCAAACAUCCUGGCUGGCAAAAUUGGCGAGCAGUAGGCCUGUGUACCCCUGAUGCCCCACGUCUGUGUAUAGUGUAUGUAGCUUGGCUUUUGUGAUGGUGGUGAGGUGGAGGUGGCCGACCACUGGGCCCAACAGAUGAGGUCUUGGGUGACUGCUGCUGCUGCUCCCACUUUGUAAUGUAAUGGAGCCACCAGGUCAGGAGUCACCGCCUCAGCCUCUACUGUUUGGCCACCCGGUGCCCUGCCAUCACUCAUGGGGAAGGUGGAGGCUCGCGUAUGAAUCCCAAUCUCUCUAGAUGAAAGUUUUUUUUAGCGUGUUCAAAAUUCAGUGAUGUAAAGCUGAUGAUGUAAGUUUUGUGUGGAUCGAUGUAUGUACUUACAAAAUUGUUGUACAACGUAGCUCUGCCACGUAAUGUUAAUGAUGGCCUCCUGCCGCUCUCCCUCCUGUAAAUAUGAGAGCGACCGGGUACACUAACCGUAAGAAAAUUUACCUGAACUACAAUGGAACCUCAGAUUGUAGUACCCUUGUUAUCAUUCCCUUAGAGAAAACUGAUUAGAAGAGACAAAAGUAAUUUACUGUAUAUACAUAAGUAUGUCGAUCUCCUGCUACCUGACUUAUCUCAAAGAAAUUAUAAUUUUUUAAUGUUAUGUAAGUAAGAGCCAGUUUCUUAAUAUAGUUGUAAAUGUAUGUAUAGUAUUGCAAAUUUGGCAUCAUCAAAUGCAUUUGUGUCAGGUGUGAGUUACAACAUAUGGUAAGUACUCGCAUGACACUGCCCAUGUUAAUGUUCUGUUACUUGAGUCAGUGAGGUGUAGGUGUACCCAACAGCCAUUGUUCAGUGCUUUGUUGGCAAACAUGUCACCUACCACAAGAAUCCUGCUUUUCAAACACAGAGUGGCAGUGUUUGGCCACUGAAGUGAUGUUGCACACCACACUCGUGGACAAUGUCACUCAGUGCCGGCUGCCCCCACACCAUACAGCUGCAGUAUUACCAACAGUGUCACACCCACAUUGCCACUGUCAAAGUGCCCUGCAAAGGAAAGGCUCCACAGCAGUGAUCAUAAUGGUGUUGACAUAUGAAAAGAGUCAAACCUUAAUGAGUUACAAUUGGCAUUAUCUCAGGAAUGGAAAGCUUGGCAGCAGUGAGGUUGUUCAGGGCAAGUGUUGAGAGGAGGGAAAAAGUGGAGGAUGUUCACCUGUGAGUGUUGCCUUGAUCAAAUGAAGCAGUGGUGCCUCUGCAGACUAAGUCUCAACCAAAGGAAUGUCUUGAGUCUUCCUUGUUAUAAAAUCACAGGCAGCUGGAGGGGAAAUGGUUUACAAGUUUAAAAUUUAGAGGCCAUGUGACUGCUUCCUUGUUUAGUUUCCUCUUGUCUUUUCACGAUCUUGCUUUACUUUCAUCUCAGCGCUGUGUGACUGAGAUCCUUUACCAUUAUUUUAUCCUGCAGUCAGCCAAUUUACCUUUUAUCUUUUGUUUCAAUUGUUGACAUUUGUUCCUUGGGGUCUCUUUAAGGCAGUUUGGUCCUUGUCCAUACAUUGUACCUUAGCAUACCCUCAUUGGUAUAUUUGUAUAUUUUGGCCAUACACUUUAACUCUGCAUAUUCCACUCACUCAUAUACUCCUGUUUGUAUAUAUCCUCACCUGUCUUGUCCCACCCAUUCUCUCCUUCCUUGCAAUGAUACAACCAUCUGGCAACUACUACAAAGUUCAUGUUUUCAUUCAUUGCUUUUUACUGUGGCAAAAACAACCAAAAAAUAUUGAGGGGCUCACAUAGCCAAUGAGUUUGUGGACACUAUUGCUUACUUGAUGUAUGUAUUUGCAGUCAUUGUACUACGGCUUUCCGAGGUGAGAUUAUUAUUGGUGUUAUGGCAGUGAGGCAAAACACUUCGUCUGGCAGCCACUGGGGGAGUAGCCAAGGCUUACGGUGCUUUUUUUAUUUAUUUUUAUUUUUUAGUGAUGCACAAUGAAAAUAUGUACAUGAAUCAGUAUGGUUAAUAUCAGUAGACACCAGUGUGAGGACCCUACUGUGGUGGGUGUGCCAAAAAGAACAAACAUAAAAAUCUUGUCAGUAUACGUAUCAUAAUUCAUCAGUAUAUCUGGAGUGCUAUGUAGCCACUGCACACUGAAUGAGUGGAAGGACUCACUCAUGUGAUGGACAUUUAACACGUCUUUCCCUUGGUCAGAUUGGUUUGUUAGAGAAAACUGACAAGGAGUGUGAAGGGAGGAGAAAUCUCAACCGUGAUGGUCAUGGCUUUCUUGGGCAGCACCGUGGGGGCUGGACGGCUCCAUGGCAAAACAUGGCUCGUGGCCUCAUAUACAAGUUUGUCUUGGCAUUGCCAGACUGUUAGUGGAAGUUGCUGAACUCUGUAGUCUGUGAGCUUGGGCUUUAUUUAAUCUCUUUCCAUUGGUUACUGAACUGUGCUUGUCAUGCCACAGUGAGAUAACUUGAUAUUUUGCUCCCACACCUGCCCUGCCUCCCUCCAGCUCCCCCGACAUUGUUACAUUUAUCAGUCUAAGUGAUAGGUUGUUGAGCAGUCAGUGUGGUUUGAGAGAAGUAACUAAAAACAUAAAUGUUAAUUAUUAUAAAGUAGUAUUUCAUGAUCUUAACUACGUUAAAAAUUGAAACAUAAAUAAAUACAUCUAUUGAUUUAAAUUUCUGAUUUAUCUACAAAGAUAAUGGUUGCCAGAUGUAGCAAUGUUUUUUUUUAUUCUCACUUAAAAACUUAUUUUUGAUAGACUGAUGAUAUACCAGAUAAUAUGACAACUAUAAUUACCUCAAGUGACUCACCAUUUGAUGAGAUUCUGUCUCCACAAACUCCACUCUGGGAUAAUAUGCACACAUGCACAGUACAAAACACUAAAGGAGAAGGCAUAUUAGGAGAAUAAUUGUAUUGUCUAGAACCUUACUCAUUGUGGUCUUUCAGUAGCUAAGUAAUCUUUUAGGGUUUUAGGAUCAUUCCCACCACCAGCAGUCUAGGACUUGCUAGAUGCCAGUAUUACUUGGUGACAGAGAGGCCGGCAUACACUCUCAUAGUGUUGGAAACAAAGAAAAAUUGUAAGAUCCAUUCAAUGUUGAUUUGUAUAUAUAUAAAAAUAUAUAUAUAGUUUAAUAUAAAUGUAAUAUUUCAAGUUUUUAUACAACUACAUUUUUCUUAUAAAUGUCAUUGAAUAAAUUAUUUGUUUAA